AUAGCGGCAGUACCAAUUUGGCAGGUGAACGCCUAAGACAUUGAGACCAAGCCAGAGUUUGUGAAAGUGAAAAACGUUUGUUUUAGUGAGGAAGUUGCAAUAGUGGUUUUAAAAAAAAAAAAAAACAUUUUUUUAUAUACAGUUUUUUAAGUAAUAAAAUCAUGUCAAAAUUUGGGCUUAUGCUGCUCUUACUCGGCACAACAAUGGUGCUCUGGCAACAGGCUGAGGCCAAACCGCUAUUCUUGUUGUCAAAAAAUUUCUUCACCCUUAGAACUAGAGCACCUUCCACUGGCAGUGGCUAUUCCUACUCACCAAGCUCAUUAGCAAGUGGUGGGCUCGCUCAACUACCUGUUGGCAUCAUAAGUAGCAAAUUGGGUCUGAUCUCCAGUCUACUUUCCACUUUUGGUGGCGGCAGCGGUGGUGGCGGUGGCGGUUUUGGACUUGGCUUCAAAUCCAAUGUGGCUGCCACGACACGCAGACCAAAGAAGACCAGCAAGAGCACAACCGAACCGAAUACUGUCUUUACACCGGAGACAAGUACAAAAGCUUAUACAACAACAUCAACGACGACCACUGCGGCACCCGAGGAACCUGUGAGCACAACCACUGUUGCCACAAUCGAUGUCAAUCCAACGGUGAUCGCACAGCGUCCAGCUGCCAUUGAACCGACGGAAGUGAGCGAAAGUGUAGCUGGCAGCAAUGUAAAUAGUGGGUUCGAAGUCAUCUAUGACAACACAAAUAAUGGAGAUCAGAGUGGCGGUUUGGCACUGACGAAUGCAGAGGGUACUUCCAAUGCUUUUUCAACAGAUGGUGCCAGUGGCGUUAAUGCUGCUAGCUCUAGUGGUUCUAAUGGUGGAUACGAAGUCAUUUACUCCAACUCUGGUACCAAUGGUUCGGAAGCUUCUGCUGGGGUCGGAGGUUCAAGCGGAUUUGGAGGUUCAGGCGGAUUCGGACUUUCAGGUGCAGUUGAAGGUGCAGUCGGAGGUGUGGAGGUUUCAACAAAUGGUGCCAGUGGCGUUAAUGCUGCUAGCUCUAGUGGUUCUAAUGGUGGAUACGAAGUCAUUUACUCCAACUCUGGUACCGAAGGUUCGAAAGCUUCUGCUGGAGCCGGAAGUUCUGCCGGAAGUUCUGGCGGAAGUUCAGGUGGAUUCGGUUUUUCUGGUGCAGUUGGAGGUUCUAGCGGGUUUGGAAUUUCUGGCGCUGUCGGAGGUGCUAAUGCUUUCGGAAUUUCCGGCGGAGUUGGAAGCUCUAGCGCAGCUGGAAGCGCAAACUUAAGUGCUGGUGGUCUUACAAAUAGUGGCCUCACGAGCGCACGCCCUUCAAUAAAUGGCUACAACUAUAAUAAGCCGGAAGACACAAGUGUGAACGAAAUUUUCGGCGGAAAUUUGAGCAACACUUACGUGCCAGUAUAUAGGUACAGAUAGAAGAAGCGCGAUGGAAUUGUACUUAGCGAUCAUGGAUCAAAUCAUAAUUUUUCUAAUUUACUAUUUAGCUUUAGCAGUGUGUGUUACGAAAACGAUUUGUUAAAAUAAAAUAAAAACUAAAAUAUUAAGG